AUGGCACAAAAAUCAGGGAUACUAAAGAUUCCUCAAAGCACAGAAGUAUCAGAAGCAGCAGCUGUAGCAGAGGUAGUGAUUGUAGGCCACACAGCAGAGAAUACAGAAUUGAAAAUUCUCACACUGGCUAUUCUGAGGGCUUUGUCAGUGACUUGCUCUGAAACAGCUAGGAGUAGCAAAUGUUUAGAAAUAUAAGGCACUGAGGAGAAGAAAACACAGGAAAAGAAAAAGAAAAAAAGAAAAAAAGGACAGUUUUACUUUGAUCUGAAUGCAGGAGGAAAAAAAAUGGCAGCUGAGAAGAUACUACAUCAGAAUUCUUCAUUUUUAAGCCUGCAGAGUAGAGUGAUUUCCCAGAAAAAAAAUGCAAUGGCUCAGCAAAUAUCAUCAGCAGGACUUCACAGAAUUAAAGAACUGAAGAAUGAAAUAUUUGAUUUAAAGCACAAAUUAGAAGCAUCAAGCUUAGAAAACCACAUUUUGAAAAAGCUUCAGUGUCGAUACUCGAAAGCAAUAAGCAGAUACAAAAAUGCAGAAAGUAACUUGCCAGAUCUUUUAGCAAGUCAUUGUAAUGAGGUGACAGCUUUAAAGAAACUCCUGAGGAUGUCUCAGGAGGAUGAGAGAAGUACAUCCAGGAAGCUCAGAAAAGUUGAAGCAGAGCUGCUAAAAACUAAAGAUGCUUUGCAGACCUUGCAUAUGCUUUCAGGAGACAAAGCUCUUGCAGAGAAAGAGGAGCUUAGUCACAGAUUGUCAGUCCUUACAGAAAAAAUGGAAAUGAACGAUAAGAGAAUACAGAGCCUAGAAAAGCAGCUGAAGUCAUCAGUUGCAACCUUUAAUCGACAGUUGGCAAAUGAGAACAAGAAAGCUGUGGAAGCUGGGAUAAUUACAAAGCACUUGCAAAUGGAAAUUAACUCUCUUCACCAAAAAAUUAAGGAAAAGGAUCGGCAACUUUAUGUAAAAAAUAUCUAUGCAAAUUGGAUGCCUAAAAUCCCAAAAGACGAAGGUGAUUCAGUACCUCAUGAAAAAAGUCUUAGUGUAAACAGAUCAGUACAAGUAGAUAAACAAAGUUUUAGAUCACUGCUGCUGUCACAGUAUCGUACUCUGGAAACAAAAAGAAGUCCAAUUCAGCUGACAAAGGAGGAAAAUUCUUCCGAAGAUAAGAAUCAAAAAGCUAAAACAAAUGAAGCAUACACAGAUGCCCAAUGUGGGACAGAAAAGCAAUCAACCAAGAAAAUACCAAAGCCAGAAACUUUUAGCCACACACAUACAGAGUAUUUAAGGGAGGGCAGACUACUGAUAGAAGAAUACACUUGCUUGGAAUUUAUGAAAGAAGAAAAAGAGACAGAUGUGCUUAAACGGGAGCUGAAAAAACUGAUGAAAACUGAACAAACAGAUCCUCUAAGUGACAGAGUAAAAGAGAACAAUAAAGAGAAAGAUGCAGUGGAAGACUAUGAAAAAGAAGCAAAAAAGCCAGAUGAACAGCUAAAUGACAGCGAGGGGAGUAAAUGUGUCACUCCAGAGCUAACAAACAAAACACUUAUUAGGCUGAAAAGCCCCCACAUACUCUCAGAAGCCACUGAGAAUUUGCAUGAUGGGCUUCCCACACCACGUACAAAACCCCAAGCAGGCAGUCUUUGCAGCCGUAGACACGCAGGUCAGGCCUGCAGUGAAACAGCUGAAUCAGAAGAGAAAAAUUCCUUUGGGCUGCAUGAACCAUCUUUUAGUAAAGUUACCAGAACAGGGCGGGAGGACAGUGGCACUGAAGCAGAAGGCUGCGCUCAUAUGACAUUUGCUGAAAGGAAAAACAGUCUUAUGAAAGAACUCUUUGGACCAGGCUGUGUUUGA